UCCACUAUGCUUCUUCCUCCCUAAGAGAGUCAAAAUUUGCUUGACCGCUUACGCAGUGCUGGAGACACAGACCAAAAAAAUGUCUAUGUCCGUCUAGUGACUUAUCAUCAACAGUUCGCCUCGGCUCAGAUUUGAAAGAGCAGGCAGCAGCGUUGCAUACACGGCCUUGACAUUUGGGACGAUGUAGCCAAAAGAUGGAAUCGCUUCUGCUUUUUAUUUCUUUUAUCUUUGUCCACCAUUCACAUUAUGUUCCGUGUUUGAGAUCAAAGGGAGAUAAUGUUUAAUUCCAACAUAACAAAAACUUCUGAGCACCAAAGCUUUGUGGAUUUCUGUGGAAGGAUUUACUGAAAGGAAAUGAGAAAAUACAAACAAAAAAACAACAAAACAUGAGGCACGAGGAUUUCUAGUUGACCAAUGAUCAGUGCUGAGUUAGCUCGAUAGGAUACACUGGUCAGCUGUAGAACAAUUUAGUGCUGACCGGACGGAUGUUUUCUGUAUGGAAGCGGUUUACCGAACAUCUAAAGAGAGCCAAGCAAGUGACUUUAUUCAAAGACAUGUAAACCAUAAAAAGAAAGAUUGCGAUGCUGAAACGGCGCAAAAAGAAAACCAGCAUCUGGGGAAUCCUGCACAUUCAACGCUUAGUUGGUCGCUGCCUUCUCAGAAGUCUGACGGAAGUGAUACAGAGCAGAAGUGAAUGUUUUCUGCACGUCUUGAGUCCAACUUGUAUUCGUUGGACGCGUAGAUUGAAUAUUUGGUCAUGCGCAUUGUGGAUUUUGGCGUUCUUCACCACGCACUUUGUAAUGACGUCGACUGCGCUGCUAACGACACCGCAGACUUUAAAUCUUGGGAUCCUGGUGGCAGAGUCCUGUGACGCGGCCUUGAACGCCAAGAUUGAUAAGCUCGUUGCGCAAGCGUUUCAGGACGUAAGCGUCAGAAUACAACAGGAGUCAGGCUCUGCUGUGACUCCACUUGGUUUUUCUUACUAUCUCCAAAGCCACUGCCACUUGAGAGACGUCGUGAAAAAUCUGGACGAUAUUUUUGGAAACGCGUCCUCUCACGCCAUCUUGGUGCUCGCCUCGAGUGAUCUCCACGCGUCCUUAGUAACCAUGUCCGACAUCUACGCCAAGGCGUACAUUUCGCUCAACAGCAACCUGCUGGUUCCGUCAGAAGGGCUGGCGUUGAGCUUGGCGCCCUCCUACAUCCAGCAAGCCAUGAUCAUGUCUAAACUUCUGGACACGUAUCAAUGGCAGACGGUACACGUCAUCCACGCGAAUUUCAAGUCGUUCAGUGAGUUCGCGAUCUACUUCUAUCUCAGAAUGACUUUCUAUAAGUUUAACGUGACCUUGGGGAACCCCGUUAAGUCGCCAGUGAACGCCUCGGAUGCUAUACCGCCACUCAAAGAAGUUGGAUCGUCUAAAGUUGUUCUACUUCUGAUGGAUCUCGCUGACCAACUGACCUUUCUCGCCGUCGCCUCCUCACUGGCCAUGACCAGAGACCACGCCUUCUUCACAUUUACCAAAUCACCCUACGACGUGACGUACAUGAGCUUGGUUGGCAUGAAAGCGGACGUGACGUCACAGCCACAAUUCUUUAACGACUCCAGCUCCGACAAAGUCAACAUUUUCAGCAGCGUCUUCGUCAUCGCCCCGUCAUUUCCCGCAGACAGCUCCCGAAACAGUACGCCCGUGUUCAGGAGAAAGCGCCACCUUGUUGAGAAAGCCAUCCCCUUCCCAGAAACACCUUCCAGCAGACAAUUUGAAAAGCAAACGACCAGUUUAAAAUUCGUCUCGGAAACUCUGAGACAAAAGAGAAUCCGAACGAUUUCGAGGACGCCCUCAGGGGAAACACGCCCAUGUGUAAAUAGCAGAAGUGUUGAGAAAAUGUUCAAUAUUGAAACGGAUACUGAACAUUCUGUUAUUUCUAGGACGUUCCAUUCAGAACUUAGACCAACCGUGAGCUCUUCCAAUUCCAAAAACUCUCCGGCGUAUUUACCCUCUGUUCAAACAGAAGUGAAAAGCGCUUUUUCGUCUUUCGUGCUGGCGCGAAACACGGCUCCAACUCAGGGCAGGCAUGACCUAGAUUUUUUUUCUGUACAAAGUGUGGAUCUCCAAAAUAAAAAUAAUAAUUUCCCUCCUCGGACCACAACCGAGACCCUUCAACGAAACAUCGAAGCAGCAACAAAGGCGAAGGUUGACGAGGACGCCGAUUCUCUCAUCUUCGCUAGCGAGGAACACUUUUUCGGGAAUUCCCUAAUGGGCCAUCGUCUGCUCGCUUCAGAAUCAUCUUUCAAAUUACGCAUCAAGCGAGAUCUCGAGAGUUUUAAGCCCAGCGACCUGGACGUCAAGGCUGUGUACGACGUGGUCUACGCGGUUGCGUACUCCGUAUACAAACAUCUCGAGACGUCAGCCACAACGGAAAUACCGCAAGGGCAGACCUUUAUUCAAGCCGUUCGGAAUAUUUCUUUUUCGGGAAACUCCGGUGAAUUCAUCAUCGAUAAAGACGCGAGUGUUCAUUACGACUUUAUCGUUUACGACUUUAAUGAGAAGUCCAAAGUUCUGGAACGUCGAAUCUUUUACGCGGCCACGUCGCCGUUUGAUUGGACCUUUGAGUCCAUUGGGGAGAUCUCUUGGCCUGAGGAGAUCAUCCUUGAGCCAGAUCUCUGCUUCAAGCAGUUACCAAACUGUAAUGACGGUCUUAAAGUGCCCUAUAUUGCUGCUAUUGUCAUCUCGGCCAUUGUUCUGGUUGUCGUUGGGAUAGCAGCUGCAUUUAUCUUCAGACGAUAUUGGUUGAACAAGGAAAUGACUAAAGGUCCCAACAAGGUCAUACUGAGCUCCGAAGACCUGGUGUUUGUCUUACGGAAAGACAUGGGCAAAGGUUCACGGAUUCUCAAGUCCAGAGCUACAUUGCUGGAAAAAGACAAUGCCCCUGACUUGAUACGAGGUUCGGAUCCUAAUCGCUCUAUGGCCAGCAUCAAUGAGCUGAGUGAUUACACUGAGACUGCGCGAUACAACGGUGACUUGGUGCACGUGAAAGAGCUGGACAUCAAGGGAUUUGAAAUGAGGAGCAAACUGCUCACCUACAUACGUAUGUGUCGAGAUCUGCGUCAUGAGAACUUGAACCCAUAUGUUGGGUUUCUGGCUGACCCCUUGAGACCGUCCAUCGUCAUGGAAUACUGCAGUCGAGGUAGUUUAAAUGACAUCAUCCACAACGACGACUUCAAGCUGGAUUGGGACUUUAAAUUGUCUCUUCUCACUGAUCUUGUCAGGGGGGUCCGGUACCUGCACUCGUCGGCCCUGAAGUUCCAUGGGCACAUUACCUCAAAGAAUUGCGUCAUAGACAGCAGGUUCGUCCUAAAGAUUACAGACUACGGGAUCUCUGGCAUCAUGGAGCGAUGCAAAGCUACGCUGGAAUUUGAGACCAGAGAUCUCCUGUGGUCCGCUCCUGAACUACUCAGAGAUCUGGUCUUGCUUCAGAAAGGAAGUGAAAAAGGUGACCUCUACGCCAUUGCCAUCAUCUUCCAGGAGGUCAUACUUAGAAGUGAGCCUUACAGCACAACAGGUCUUACUCCUGAAGAGAUCGUCAAAAAGCUCAAGAAGCCGCCCCCGCUGAUCAGGCCCUCGGUCACGCCUCAGGCGGCCCCACCCCAGUUUAUACAGAUCAUGAAACAGUGCUGGUCUGAGAUGCCGGAGAUGAGGCCAGGGAUUGACGAGGUUUACGAUCAGUUCAAGAAGCUGACCGGUGGCAAGAAGGCAAACAUUGUGGACACUAUGUUUAAAAUGUUAGAGAAGUACUCCACUGACCUGGAGGAUAUCGUGGCCGAGAGGACAAUGCAGCUAGAGGAGGAGAAAAAGAAGACUGACCAGUUACUGUUUAGGAUGUUACCUCCGACAGUAGCAGAGAGUUUGAAGAUGGGCAGGAACGUGGAGGCCGAGUGUUUUGACGAGGUGACCAUCUACUUCUCUGACAUCGUUGGCUUCACCACUAUCUCUGCCAUGUCCACACCUAUGCAAGUGGUAGACCUACUGAAUGACCUGUACACCAUGUUUGAUGCCACCAUUAAUGACCACGAUGUCUACAAGGUGGAGACCAUUGGUGACGCCUACAUGGUGGUCAGUGGUUUGCCCAUCAGGAACGGCAACAGGCACGCUGGGGAGAUUGGUACCUUAGCCUUGGUGCUGUUGAGUCAGUGUGGCAAGUUUACUAUCCGACAUAUGCCUCAGGUACCCUUAAGACUUAGGAUAGGACUGCAUACAGGCUCUUGUGUUGCUGGUGUAGUGGGACUGACAAUGCCCAGAUUUUGUCUGUUUGGAGACACAGUCAACACAGCUUCUAGAAUGGAAUCUACCGGUGCAGCCUUUAGAAUCCACAUCUCUGAAACGUGUAAAUUAGCUCUGGAUGUUUUGGGUGGAUACAUCACAGAAUACAGAGGACAAACAGAACUCAAGGGUAAAGGUCUACACAACACUUACUGGCUUGUGGGCAAAGAAGGAUUCGACAAGGAGCUUCCAGAACCACCUCCUGUAACCGGUGACACAACUCAUGGAUUGGACUCCAUUCUUGGAGAUAUCAAACUAGAAAACAUGUUAAAUGUAACUCCACACGAAACUCUGGCCAAAUCAAUCUCCGCUCCAAACUUUAACAAUAAAUGCGAUAUUGAACACUUGGAUUCGCACUGUCAGCCGUCCAGCGGAGGUUGCAGCAGCAGCAGCCAAGCCACCAAUGUACACGACGAUCACCACAGCGGCGCCCCUAACCAUCAUACCAGUGUCGUCAAAGCAGACAUCAACAUCACCGGGCGAGCGCCUAGAAACGACUCCGCCAGCGACACGUUAGUGGAGAUGAUGUCGGAGGCCGAGCCUCCUACGGCAUCGGUGCUCAAGAAUAAGCACAGUGAGAGCAACGACAGCGGCUUUGGCAGCGAGCGGAAGCACUCCCAUGGGAACGACAGCUUUUCUCCGGCACCCCAAGGAGGUGUCGCCUCUGCUGGCUUCAUCGGCGUCGACAAGCAGAGGCGGACUAAGACGUCUGUGGUUUCAUCCUCGGACGUAAGCCUGCAUACUAAUUAUUCCAUGCUGGUGGACCUGACGGACGAGCUGACUCCAGUGACGGAAGUUUGACGCUUGCUUAAAAUCUUCGCGUGAGUUCCCUUGAGCUUGGCGGCUAGCAGAUUUGAAGCAGAGGCAACCUUGAAGAGUGGCGAUCGCCCUAGGCACCUCCCGUGAGGGGAUGGAUUCGCCCGCUAUAAGGAGUAUGCGAGGCACCCUGGCACGCCUUCAAAUGUACCGCACCAACAGGCUAGAGACUGAACUCCAAUAUGGUUGAUUUAUUUGACAACGGUUGUCCUAAAGAUUGAUUUGUUACCUGGCACUGUUGAAGCUGCAUCUAUACCAAUUAUCAUAAAGUUCUUAGCAUAAUAUUUGGGGGUUAUGUUAGGGUUAGGCCCCGCAUAUAACAUUACACAAGGCCAUUCCUACUGCUAAGGCUACCCCAGAAUCAAGCCUGUUUGAGCAUGGCUUUCCGGGUCUUACUAUGACUUAUGAGGGUCAUAACGAAUGAUAUAGCAUUGAAACAACAAGUGAAAUCAGUUUUCAUCGUCAUUGGCAAACAUUGACCUAUACCUCCGUUUAGAUGUUGCUAUUGUUAUUUAAAGGCUAGACUAAAUUAAACAUUUUAUUAAAUAGAUAUAACUCCUUGUUGCACUAUAAUUAACUUCUGGCAUCUAAACAUAUGGAACAUUAUGUUUAUUCUUAUAUAGCCUUUAGCAGUUUGAAACCUACUUUUCAUAUAUUACAGUGAGUUUUAUAUUGAAACACAUAUAAAUACAGUAUAUCAAACAGUUUUUUGACAAUUUAUUUGCACCAUAACUGAAAUUGGAACUAUGCAGUAGGUUCCAGUCAAAUGUUUUAUACUAGCAGGGAAUUCUUGUGUACAUAAACUGUAUCCGUUGGGAGGAGGGAACUCUGGAGUGAAUUAGAUCAAAUCUGUUUCUAUAACUAAGUUUAAAACUUGUUGUAAUGUUUCACACUAGAAGUUCAAGUAUUUUUAUUUCCUUUUUUUCGUUUUUUCUACAAGAACAACUUAUAAGCAUUUCCUUGGAUACAUGACGUUUGUAUCAACAUUCACCUCUUCCGCAGUCUUACGAUCAUGUGAAUCAGAUGAUGGCAUUUAUUUAUAGAUUUUGAUUGUUGAUUGCAUUUUCUUUUUCAAUGUUGACCUUUCACCUUCACCCUUGCCCUUUGACCUUUUUAGAGGUCUCUCUUGUGAUGAAAUUAUGAGUUUAAGACUGUAUCUAUGUUGUUGUUGUUGUUUUUUUCACACUAUCUGUUAGACUCUUUUCUAAAUAAAUAUUUCUAUUUCGGUUUUUUCCCCAUCAUUCUAUUUUUACCAGUGUCACAUUCCUGGUCCGAACAUUUCGGGUCACAGGCUACGCUAUGAAUCACAGGCGUGUUUAUUUCGGUGAGGUGCCCUUUAAGCUACGUCAUAAUUCAUCAAAUACUCUCUAAUCACGUUCCUUCAAGCUCAUGCCACAGUUAUCACAGCGCCCUCUGUCAGUCGUUUAUCUGUGUGUUGAUUACUUUAAAAAAAAAUGUUACACUCAUUUCCCUUUGCGACUUAAUGACAAGUGAAAGAGUUUAAAAUGCUUCUCUAUAAAGAGGAAUUAAGAACAGGUUUGCACUUUUCAAUGAUGAUAGCAUCAAUCACAGUUCAGACACAAAAGGAAAUACACUUGUUGAAGACAGGCUCAGAAGACGAAAUGAAAUAUUAAAAAUAGACCACCAACAGACAACAGCUUGGUCUGGAUGAGAUACGGGAAAAUAUGCAGGUCAAAACUGGGUUUGCGCAGUCAUGUGAAAUGAUGCACUCAUCCUUAAUUUUAGAGAUCGAAGUCAUUGCCAUUGUUAUUAUUGUUAUUAUUAUUAUUAUAGUUGUUAUAAAUUAUGACUGUGUCUACCUCAAGAUAAAUCUCGAAACAAAAAGAUUGUUUUACGUGUGAGCUACAGGUCAACAGGUACCUCCAUCAACAAAGGUCAUACAAAGGUUGAGCAAUUAGAGACGUCCGUCUAGUUAGGUGUCGUUAUGGAGAUGCAUAUCCAAGUGUUACAUGCCGGUCAUUGCGGUCAGGGAAAGCAAAAAUACAACAACAACUACGACCCACCUACAGCCACCUACGCCUGCACGACUUGGACGUCAUUCUUCAAAGUGGAAACGAGGUUAAACGUGGCACAGCACCUUUAUGGAGGACCUAAAGUCUGUACACACUGGCCAUGGGGAGGCUGUAGAAGUCGCCAGCGACCGAUCUCUCUGGAGAGAACUUUCUGCCUUAUACGCCGAACAGCGCGGGAGAAUCUAAUUCCAAGUAAAUCUAAAGAUAAGAUCAAUGGCUCAAACCGAUUAGUUACCUCUCAAGAAGGUUUGAGUUUGAAACCCGAGCUGAGUUGUGUUUUCCGAGCGCCUAAAGGCAGCACGGAAAUCUCCCAGAUACCCCCUUUCCCCCACUUGUCCACAAAAGAAAUUGGACCAAUGCGCUCUGAGCAAUAAGCAGGAAAGAUGCUCUGUACAAAAGAGAUUGGAUCAAUGCGCUCUCAGCAAUAAGCAGGAAAGAUGCUCUGUACAAAAGAGAUUGGAUCAAUGCGCUCUCAGCAAUAAGCAGGAAAGACGCUCUGUACAAAAGAGAUUGGACCAAUGCGCUCUGAGCAAUAAGCAAGAAAGAUGCUCUGUACAAAAGAAAUAUUAAAAAAAAGUAUUACUACCAAUGAAGGUGAAGCUUUGUAGUACUUUUAUUGGAAUACAAAAAUAGUUUCAUUAUCCUAACAAUAAUUCCUAAAGAGGAAACAUAUUGUUUUGAUUAGUUUAUGCCUAAAUUAGUACUAAAACUAUGUUAAAGAACUUUGUAAUUGAGUCUAAGACUUUUGGAACUCUAAGCCCAUGGAAGCUUGCCUCUAUCUCCUGAGUGAACAAACUUUUGUCUGAGGAUGAUCCAAGCAGAUAUAAAUUAUUACAUCACUACUUCCGAUGGCUCGUAUCCCAAGACACUUGGGGUAGAAGCGAGUCAAAAGACCGAGCACAACGGGAAAAAUCUCCCUAUAUUCCUUCUCUGUACCACAUUAGCCGUGCAGGUUGUGUGUAUAAUGACUUGUUUGUUGGAACUUUCUUCCAUCCCCACCAGACUCGGUUCUUACGCAUCACAACAGGGGUUCCUUUUGGCUUUGCCUAAUUGUCUCCAUUUAAUAUUGUUUUCACCCUAGUAACACGGAGAGGCUGAGAAGCAAUGCCCUGGUGUUAAAAAACAACAAAACAAACGUAAUGGUCUGCUAGUCCCUGUAUUUAGCUAAAUAAACUUUUCGGUUCUCAUAAUGUCGAAUAUUUUUUUAUGAUGACUGAUGUUGUAAGACAGAUUUUUUGAUUGAUGCCUUAACCUCAUACAUUUUGUAUUGGACUGUUAGCAUUUAAACAUAUCAGUAAUUUAGAAUCUGUGUAAAUCUACUCGUGACAUUUAGCUGCCUAGCUGGUGAAAGUGUUUGUACUUCAUUAUUGACAACUUGAAAUCUAGUCAAAAUCAAAAUAUUAGUUGGCAACUAUUUAUUUAAUUAUAAUUUUAUUUCAUAUGUAUGUUAAUUUUUUUACUAUUAUUUUGUCUUAUUGACUGUUAUGUCAUUUUAAAUUGCAGUCUGACUACAUUUCUUUAAUUUAACAGUAAUUCUAAGCUUUAACUUUUUAAUUUGAGAUUUUCAAAUAGUGGCCUACAAAUCAUGGAACCAAAUGGCUCGUUGCGCCAAGGUCCAUAAGUAAAAGGGACCCACAGGGGGAUUGGAAACAAAAGUUUGUAUUGCUUUUAAUAAGAACUACAAGCAUUGAGUGUAGUGGUACGUUUAUUUGAGAAAGUCGUUACUGAAUUGGGCGCAAUGUCACGGUUACUUGUUAAAGGUGAUACAUACAUUGCAAUGUCUCUUUUUUUUUUUUUUUUGUAUACUGAUACAUACAGGACUUCUCCAUUUUUUUGUCCAACUCAGUCUUCUAAUUUAGUGAAGAAAACCUCUACCGUAUUAUUGAAUCAGGACCCACGGGUAUCCUGAUAAGCCACUCCCCCCCUCCAUUAUUGAAUCAGGUCCCACUGGUAUCCUGAUAAGCCACUUCCCCCCCUCCAUUAUUGAAUCAGGACCCACUGGUAUCCUGAUAAGGCCACUGUUUCCUAGUAUUGAGCCUGGACCCACUGGUAUCCUGAUAAGGCCAGUGCCUCCUAGUAAUGAGCCUGGACCCACGGGUAUACUGAUAAGGCCACUUCCUCCUAAAAUCGAAUUUGGACGCACGGGUAUCCUUAUAAGGCCACUGCUUCCUAGUAUUGAGCCUAGACCUACGGGUAUCCUGAUAAGCCACACUUCCAACAUAAACGUGGAAACUAAAUGAGCACAUGAUAUUGAAGUCAUAGUUCUAUCGUUUUCCGUGCUUAUUGCUGCAGUACAACUCUAAAGGAAAGUGCUAUAGAGGUAAAUGUCUUGAAGACUCCGUCCACAAUGUCUUCGAAUGUGAGACUGUUUUUCAACUCGUUAUUUAUUAUGUUUCCGUGAUUUGAUGUAUGGACACAACUUGAAUUGAUUCGUUUUAGAUUGUGUAAGAUUGAAACAGGAGCUCAUGUGUUUUUGAACAAUUUCCUAAUAUAAAUAUGGUAUGAUUGCAUGUUCUUCCCGCUGUAUAGAAAAUGUUUUGCUAAAACCAUGUAAGUUUAGUCAGAAAAUGUGUACUUUAUGUGGAUGUAAAUGACCUUCACUUUUUCACACUUAUGACGUUGAACUUUGACCUGAACACAUUUUUUUCACCUAAUAAUGUUUCACUCUAAAUGUUCCAUUUAAUUUGUGCUAGAUUAUUCUAUCCAAAAUACAAUCACACACAUUGUACACCUUCAACUGCACAUGUAUAUAAGCCUUUCAGAAAAUUAAACUAAUGUUUACAAUC